AUGGGUCCAUUAGCAUUAGUUGAAGGUAAAUUAAAUGCAAUUGUAGGAGACAAUGACAUAACUGAUGGUUUAUCAAUUGGUAAAAUGGAUUUCAUAAAAGGGAACACUCUGUAUACACCAUCCACAUCCAAAUCCAUUAUGAAAGAUUCAAUGUAUACACCUAGAUUAUUAAAUAACUGUCAAUUCAAAGAAUCUGCAGAUGAUGAAAUUGAAGAAGGUCAUAUUUUCUUUGAAGAUACUGAGGAUAUAGGAAAUGAAUAUGGAGGGGAAUUUGCAAAUGUUGAAGAUGAAG